AUGAAAAAUAUAGAUUUAACACAAGGUAUUUCUCCUCCAGCUAAUUAUGUUAUUAGUGGAAAAGAAUAUAAUAUGGGUUAUUACCUAGCUGAUUCUAUAUACCCAAAAUGGUCUACUAUUGUACAAACUAUUCAUGAACCACGUACUCCGAAAAAUAAAUAUUUUGCCAUAAAGCAAGAAGCGUGUAGAAAAGAUGUUGAGCGAGCAUUUGGAGUUCUACAAGCACGAUUUGCAAUUAUUGUAGGACCGGCCCGUUUUUGGAAAAAAGAUGUAUUGCAUGAUAUAAUGACAUCUUGCAUAAUAAUGCACAAUAUGAUAAUCGAGGAUGAACGCGAUUUAAAUGCAACAAUAACAAAUUCAAUGGAAGGAGAAAUACCGCAAGUUGAAAUGGUAUUAAAUGAUGAUGCUCGAUUUGAAGAAUUUUUUGCUCGCCACAGACAAAUCAAGAACAAAAAUGCACACCUUGCACUUCGUAAUGACUUGAUUGAUCAUUUACGGGAAAAAUAUACUAAUACGGAGGCAUGA